AUGCCUUUUGCAGCUCGACCCAGGUUCACGCAGCCUGCCAAGAUGAGACGGAGAGUGAUCGCCCGUCCUGUCGGCAGCUCCAUCCGCCUGAAGUGCGUGGCCAGUGGGAACCCACGACCUGACAUCACAUGGCUGAAAGACAAUAAGCCUCUCACACCCCAAGAGAUUGGGGAGAACAAGAAGAAGAAGUGGACACUAAACCUGAAGAACCUAAAGCCAGAAGAUAGCGGGAAAUACACCUGCCGAGUGUUUAACAAAGUUGGAGAAAUCAAUGCAACAUACAAAGUUGAAGUAAUCCAGAGGACGAGGUCCAAGCCCAUCCUGACGGGGACGCACCCUGUCAACACGACGGUAGACUACGGUGGCACCACAUCCUUCCAGUGCAAAGUCCGCAGCGAUGUUAAACCUGUCAUCCAGUGGCUGAAAAGGGUGGAGUAUGGAACAGAGAGCAAGUACAACUCAACCAUCGAUGUUGGGGGACAGAAGUUUGUUGUGCUGCCCACAGGGGAAGUCUGGUCCCGUCCCGAUGGUUCCUACCUGAACAAACUGAUGAUUACUCGAGCCAAGGAAGAGGAUGCAGGGAUGUACAUUUGCCUAGGGGCAAACACCAUGGGCUACAGCUUUCGGAGCGCUUUUCUCACAGUCCUGCCAGAUCCCAAGCCUCCGAGUGCACCUGUGCCCCCUUCCUCGGCCAGCAGCCUUCCCUGGCCCGUGAUCAUCGGCAUCCCUGCCGGAGCUGUCUUCAUCUUUGGGACGAUCCUCUUGUGGCUUUGCCAGACCAAGAAGAAACCCUGCUCUCCACCAGCUGCUCCCCCGUGCACCGGCCACAGCCCCUCUCCCCCAGCUGCUGCCCCCGUGCCCCGGCCACAGCCCCGGGACAGGAUCUGCGUCUCCCAGGUCCCCGACAAAGACUGCAUCUCCUCCAUAAACUAUGAGGAAUAUGUUGCCCAGCAGCAGCAUUUACUGUCCCAAGGGCCUGCACUUGCCCCAGCCAUGGCAUCCAAAAUGUACCCAAAGAUUUACACGGACAUCCACACCCACACCCACUCACACGUGGAAGGCAAAGUCCAUCAGCACCAGCACAUUCAGUACCAGUGCUAA